AUGAUCAAAUCCAACGACAUAGCCUUCUCCAGCCGUCCCAAUCUCAAAGUCCCUCGCCAACUCGUCUACGACUCCAAAGCAUCUCCUUCACCCCCUACGGCCCUUACUGGCGCCAAUCUCGCAAGCUUUGCGUCCUCCACCUCCCUCAGCACCAAGCGCGUCCACUCUUUCCGCCCCAACCGCCACUCUGAGCUCUCCAUCAUGCUCUCUCACAUCUCUAAUCACUCCCUCUCCGGCCCCAUCAAUCUCAGCGAAAUCAUCUACUCCUUCACCACCAACAUCCUCUGCAAAGUCGCCCUCGGCCGCUCCAUCACUGAAGAAAGCCAACGCCGUAUGCUCCAUGACUCUAUUUGUCAGGCCACCAAACUCUUCGGCUCUUUCAAUGUUGAAGAUUACUUCCCUUCUCUCAAAUGGUUGAACAUGUUCAGCAGUUUGGAUUCCAAGAUUGCUGAAAUUUUCAAGAAAUUAGAUGGGUUUAUUAGCAGUGUUGUUGAGGAUCAUUUAGUUGCUGGUGUUAGAGAUAAAGAUGAUGAUAACGCUGAUUUGGUUGAUAUUCUUCUUUCUCUUCAGAGAGAUCCCUUGCCUGGGGAGUUCUCCCCCACCAUGGAUGAAGUCAAAGCUAUCAUUCUGAAUAUGUUUGCGGCUGGAACUACUACAUCUUAUAUAUUCUUAGAGUGGGCUAUGUCAGAGCUUAUUCGAAAUCCAAAAGUAAUGAAGAAAUUGAAAGAAGAGGCUAAAUUAGUGAGCGAAAAGAGUUCAAUGGUGGCCGAGGAAAAUGUGAAUAAGAUGUCCUACUUGAAGGCAGUAGUGAAAGAAGUGUUGAGACUUCAUCCUCCUGCUCCUUUGCUAGUUCCUCGUGAAACUAUCGAAGACACUGAGUUACAAGGCUAUAAAAAUUCCCAAGAAAAACAAGAAAUUUGUCCAGGAAUGCAAUUUGCUGUGGCCACAAUUGAGUUUGCUCUUGCAAAUCUUGUGCAUCAGUUUGAUUGGGACAUGCCGAAUGGAUUGAGUGCCGAAGAUUUGAACAUGGAUGAAGCUCAAGGACUUAUAAUGCAUAGGAAACAUCCUCUAGUUUUGGUUGCAAAAAAAAUGGAUUGA